ACCUCGGCGGGUUGGCGCAUGCGCGCGAGACGCGCAGGCGCGCGCCCCUUUCCCUUUUCUGAGUUUUCUGUGUCACCCCGAUUCCGCUGGUUUUUCUGGCUAUAGUUCGCCGGUUUUUCUGGCCAUAGUCCCCGCGUCCAGCAUGGAGCAGCUGGACGAACUGGAGCUGCUGAUGGAGAAGAGUUUUUGGGAGGAGGCGGAGCUGCCGGCGGAGCUAUUUCAGAAGAAAGCGGUAGCUUCCUUUCCCAGAACAGUUCUGAGCCGAGGAAUGGAUAACCGGUACCUGGUGUUGGCAGUCAGUACUGUACAGAACAAAGAGGGAAACUGUGAAAAGCACCUGGUCAUCACUGCUUCACAGUCACUAGAAAAUAAAGAACUAUGCAUCCUUAGGAAUGACUGGUGUUCUGUUCCAGUAGAGCCAGGAGAUAUCAUUCAUUUGGAGGGAGACUGCACAUCUGAUACUUGGAUAAUAGAUAAAGAUUUUGGGUAUUUGAUUCUGUAUCCAGACAUUCUGAUUUCUGGCACAAGCAUAGCCAGUAGUAUUCGAUGUAUGAGAAGAGCUGUCCUGAGUGAAACUUUUAGGAGCUCUGAUCCAGCCACUCGCCAAAUGCUAAUUGGUACGGUUCUCCAUGAGGUGUUUCAAAAAGCAAUAAAUAAUAGCUUUGCCCCAGAAAAGCUGCAAGAACUUGCUUUUCAAACAAUUCAAGAAAUAAGACAUUUGAAGGAAAUGUACCGCUUAAAUCUAAGUCAAGAUGAAAUAAAACAAGAAGUAGAGGACUAUCUUCCUUCGUUUUGUAAAUGGGCAGGAGAUUUCAUGCAUAAAAACGCUUCGACUGACUUCCCUCAGAUGCAGCUCUCUCUGCCAAGUGAUAGUAGUAAGGAUAAUUCAACAUGUAACAUUGAAGUCGUGAAAUCAAUGGAUAUUGAAGAAAGCAUUUGGUCCCCUAGAUUUGGAUUGAAAGGCAAAAUAGAUGUUACAGUUGGUGUGAAAAUACAUCGAGGGUGUAAAACAAAAUACAAGAUAAUGCCACUGGAACUUAAAACUGGCAAAGAAUCAAAUUCUAUUGAACACCGUAGUCAGGUUGUUCUGUACACUCUCCUAAGCCAAGAGAGAAGAGCUGAUCCAGAGGCUGGCUUGCUUCUCUACCUCAAGACUGGUCAGAUGUACCCUGUGCCUGCCAACCAUCUAGAUAAAAGAGAAUUAUUAAAGCUAAGAAACCAGAUGGCAUUCUCAUUGUUUCACCGUAUUAGCAAAUCUGCUACUAGACAGAAGACACAGCUUGCUUCUUUGCCACAAAUAAUUGAGGAAGAGAAAACUUGUAAAUAUUGUUCACAAAUGGGCAACUGUGCUCUUUAUAGCAGAGCAGUUGAACAACAGAUGGAUGGUAGUUCAGUCCCAAUUGUGAUGCUGCCCAAAAUAGAAGAAGAAACCCAGCAUCUGAAGCAAACACACUUAGAAUAUUUCAGCCUUUGGUGUCUAAUGUUAACCCUGGAGUCACAAUCAAAGGAUAAUAAAAAGAAUCACCAAAAUAUCUGGCUAAUGCCUGCUUCGGAAAUGGAGAAGAGUGGCAGUUGCAUUGGACACCUGAUUAGAACCGAACAUGUAAAGACAAUUUGUGAUGGACAAUAUUUACAUAAUUUCCAACGUAAACAUGGUGCCAUACCAGUCACAAAUCUACUGGCAGGUGACAGAGUUAUUGUAAGUGGAGAAGAAAGGUCACUGUUUGCUUUGUCUAGAGGAUAUGUGAAGGAGAUUAACACGACAACAGUAACUUGUUUAUUAGACAGAAACUUGUCGGUCCUUCCAGAAUCAAUUUUGUUCAGAUUAGACCAGGAAGAAAAAAGUUGUGAUAUAGAGACCCCAUUAGGAAAUCUUUCUAAAUUGAUGGAAAACACAUUUGUCAGCAAAAAACUUCGAGAUUUAAUUAUUGACUUUCGUGAACCUCAGUUUACAUCCUACCUUAGUUCUGUUCUUCCACAUGAUGCAAAGGAUACAGUUGCCUGCAUUCUAAAGGGUUUGAAUAAGCCUCAGAGGCAAGCGAUGAAAAAGGUACUUCUUUCAAAAGACUACACACUCGUCGUGGGAAUGCCUGGGACAGGAAAAACAACUACGAUAUGUACUCUCGUUCCUGCACCAGAACAAGUUGAAAAAGGUGGUGUGAGCAAUAUAACAGAAGCCAAGGUCAUAGUUUUCCUAACCUCCAUUUUUAUUAAGGCUGGAUGCAGUCCCUCUGAUAUUGGUAUUAUUGCACCGUACAGGCAGCAGUUAAAGAUCAUCAAUGAUUUAUUGGCACAUUCUUCUAUUGGAAUGGUCGAAGUUAAUACAGUAGACAAAUACCAAGGAAGGGACAAAAGUAUUGUCCUAGUAUCUUUUGUUAGAAGUAAUAAGGAUGGAACUGUUGGUGAACUCUUGAAAGACUGGCGACGUCUUAAUGUUGCUAUAACCAGAGCCAAGCAUAAACUGAUUCUCCUGGGGUGCGUGCCCUCACUAAACUGCUAUCCUCCUUUGGAGAAGCUGCUUAAUCAUUUAAAUUCAGAAAAAUUAAUCAUUGAUCUUCCAUCAAGAGAACAUGGAAAUCUUUGCCACAUAUUGGGUGACUUUCAAAGAGAAUAAAAUACUAUUUCCCUUGCCUUUUCAUACUAGAGCAGUAUCUCCUCUAGCUCGUGCCUAUACAGAAAAUUUUAUCACCAUACAAAAUUUCAUGCAGUAUUUAUGUUUUUAAGCACAGGUGUACCCAAAACUGUGAAAAGUCUAAAUUUAUGGGUUCUAUACAUGUAUUUUUGCCUGAUCUAGAGAAAGAGUUUGAUAAAUUUUUACCAGCUUUGAAGAUGGAUUAACUUUUGACUUUGGGCUUUAAACUUUUAAGUCAGACAUUUCAGGACUAAUUUGAUUUUGUAGAUAUCAUUGUAAGAACUUUAUUUGAAAGACUUGAUAAAGGGAUUUGAUUUGUUUUCAUCAUUUAAGCACAGUCUUGUGAUGAUGAGAAUGUAAGUGUGAUUCUUUUCUGUAUUUUGAGGUCCCUAAUCCAAAGGCCAUUUUGCUAGGAUUUUUUCUGCUAUCAGAUGUGUUUUCACUCUAAACCUAGUCUUUUAUGACAUGAAUUGAUUACUUCCUGUUAAUUUUCUAUCCUCCCUUACUAUCCCCCUUUUUUGUUUUCAGUAUUCAGUAUUUCGGUAUUCUAGAGUGGAUUUUGAUAUAAAAGAAAAUAAUUCUUACAUCGUCUUUUGCAACAAAUAUUGUUUUCUGAAUUGAUAACAAAUUUAAAAAGUAGAUUCCUAUUUUCACAUAUGUUCAUAUGCCCCUAUGUUUGGGGGCAUCACUCAGUUUUCCCUUUUUGUGUAAAGAUGUUUUGUAAAACAAAAUAGCCUCAAGAUGAUUAAUUAUUUAUAUGGGAACAGAUUUUAACCUUUAAGGUUAAAAUCUUGGGCUAACAGAUCUUCUGGGGGUUGGAAAUCUUCCAUUUCUCUUGAGGGUUUUUUUUUAAUGAAUGCUAAAUAUGUUAAAAUUUUUGUUUCUACCUCAUGUGUUUUUUUAAAUUAUUACUUGAAGUUUUUUAAUAAAUUUUUUUACUAAUGGA